UAUGAAGACUCUUAUUCUGUAUCAGAUCUCUUCCGUCUGUUUCCUGUUGCGAUCGUACUGUUGAAAUGGCUCAAGGAAAACAGAAAUUUAAAGCGCAGCGUCCAGGAGGAGCCAAAAAACAUCAAAACAAACCAAAAGGACUGAAGAAAGGAGGAAGGAUAAUCGCUCCCAAAAAAGCUCAAGUGGUCCAACAACAGAAGCUAAAGAAGGGUUUGGAGGUGGCCAUCAGGAACAAGAUUGAACAUGAAGUCACACAGAAGGCCAGCACGUCCCUGCAUAAGAAACUGAGUGUGUUGAAAACUCCAGCACAGAAAAGCGGGACAGCAGGAGCCCCUAAACCUGCAGCUGGACCCUCUAAAUGAAGCAAAGUAAUCAGGAGCGUGUCAUCUUUCGUGCAGCCGCUAGGCGGAGCUCCCCGCGCGGGAAAAGACUGACGAUCGACACUGUUUGAACGGAUAGUUAAAACACCCCUACAGUUAGCCAUAAUCUUUGCUAUUUUAACUUAAUAAAAUGAUAAAAUAAUUGUGAGCUUUUUUUAAUAUCUUUUUUUUAGUUAAAACGCUUUGAUCAUGGGCAAACACAGCUUCAUUUCAGGGCAGUAUUUAGCUUUUUUAGCCUGCUGCUCUAUCCAGAUUCACCUGAGAAAAAAUGUGAGGUUAAUGUUAAAUUAAGCAAAUUAAUACAUGACUAUAAAAUUAUAUGGUUGUUAGACUUGCACUUUUUUUUUUGUCAAUAUGCUUGUGUUUAUAUAGGCCUAUUAUUGUGUGCUCAACGUUUGUAUAUUUUAAACACUUUUAAGGAUUGUGGGGGUCGCGAGUCACUGGCGUUGUUAUUUUGGGGGUCGUGGGCUGAAAAGUUUGGGAACCUCUGCACUGGAGAGCAUUUAAUUGGUCACUAUUGGAUGAGCAACUGAAGUAUAAGGUUGAUCCAUUCAGGAGGAAGUGACAAACUGCAAACAUUGGAUGUUUUUUCUAAACGCAAAUGUCACUAUUUGUGGAGCACAUUAGCGUAUAGAUGUCCUCAAGACUGACAUUAAAAAUUAUACAUAAAAAUACUUAAUUUAGAUUUCACUUGUAGUUUGUCUGAAACUUUUUCAUUCUGGGCCACCAGAGCUCAUUUCAGCACUGCAUUCAGCUUUUAUAGUGUGUGUUUGUCUCAUAAAUCAGUGCUGUUUUUCAUUAGGCACACACACACUUGCGUUGUGUUGUGUGAAAUCCCCUCAAGGUUUUCCUGCGGUCGCCAAUGCCAUGCUACUCUGUGCUUUAUUUGAUUUACUCAGCCUUCAGUCUGCUGACCUUCAGCUUUCAGCUCUCUGAUUGGCUCUCUUGGUGUGUAAGACAGCUUUCAAAACACUCCCACUCUUGACACAAGUAUGUUUAUUAAAUGGACAGGUUUAAUAAUACAGA